AGUUAUAGCCUUUGUUUGGAUGCAAAAGAAGGAGACGAUGAGCUAACAGAAAUUCAAGUUACAAUCAAUGGGUGCUAGUGAAGAAAGUCAAAGCAAGUGCAGCCAGAAAACAGUUUUAUCGCUAUUUUUCUUACUUGAAUUGAUUGCUUAUGUUUUGGGCUGUGUCGCUCUGAUAAGCCCAAGCUGGCAGUAUGUAUAUCUUGAAAAUGGACGUACAGAGCAUCACCAUGGAUUGUGGCUUGAUUGUAAACGCGAUUAUUCUCAUGAUUAUGGCCGGAGCCGUGAGUAUUACGAGACUUUGUAUAGGCUUAAUAAACAGCAGUCACCAUUUGAUCAGUUUUUUCUCACAUCAUUGUUAUGUGUAUACAAAUUUGAUUAUUACAUUGAUACCGAAGAUCUCUAUGAUCAUAAUCAUGACGAAAAUCGCCUCCAGGAUGAUGCCAACCAACAUUUACUGUUGGGUUGGAAGAUAGCAUCAUUGGCUGCUCUUGGAUUUGCGGCACUAACAGCAAGUGCAGCAUUAUUGCUUUCAGUCUGCGCUUUUUGCCAUCGUACUCUUAUUUGCGCUGCAGCUGUUCUUGUAACUGUUGCUGCCUUGGUGUCUUCUGCGGGCUUAUUAAUAUUUUACAUCUGGGCCAACUAUCAGGACAACAAUAUUAUUAAAGAAGAAGAUGGCAUCUAUGAGCAGUAUUUUGGAUGGGCACUAUAUGUGCAAAUAGCGGGGACGACGAUGCAGUUUCUAGCAUCCUUUGUAGGCUGCGCUGUUACCUCAAUGGCAUUCAAGAAAAGCCGGACUAAACUGGUCAAGAUCGAGGUGGUUGAUAGAGACAAUUCAACCUUACUUGACCGAACAGUUUCGUUCCCAUUCAAGCGUUCGUUUUCAGCGGUUUACAAAUUGGAUUCAGCUGACCUCCAGAAGUGGGAAAAGGAUUACACUAGUAUCGUUCAGUCAAAUGACAUCACUAAACGGCGCGCAGUAUCGGUACCAAAUUUCAAGAAGUACCCGAGAAAGAGUCAACACAGUCCACAGGAAAGCAAAAUCACGAAACCCACUUCCAAUUUAUUUGCGAGUAUCGACCAAUCAAACUUAAACACUACUUCCAGAACAUUUUCCUCAACAGCAAAAAUACCACAGCCACUUUCACUUCCAGUUCCAAAGUCAAUUUUAAAAGCUUCAUCAAAACAGCCUUCAACGAUAUCGAAUGCAAAUCGACGAUUAAACGAUGAUCCUGAUCUGACUUAUGAAUAUUUGCCGGGCGAUUCCGUAAGAAAAUCAAGAAGUACGGAAACGUUAAAUAAGUCAUUCACAGCGAACUUUGCUAAUACCAAUUUAUUCGAUCAGAUCAGGGAUAUUCCUGGUCAGUGCACCCAUUCAGGAAGUUCAAUCAAUGUCUAUGAUAAAGUGUACGAGCACAUCCUAAAUAUGGCUAAACCACACGAUCAUGAAGAUACAAACAGUUCUUAUAAUAAUAUUGCAAUUUCUGCUAUUCAUUCUGAUCAAGAACAGACUAGUGAUGACGACGUUGGAAGAAGUACGCUUAUCAACGAUGUGACCUCUUGUUUGAGCGCCACAGUGACUAAAUUAGAUUUCGCAAAUUUUCUUGGAACGAUCACUGUACCGAUGAAUUUAUGUGCAUCUACUGAGAUGCGUCAAAAUCUCCCAGUUGCAUCAAGUGAUGCAUUUAUGACUCCACGGCGUGGCUUCGACAAAACAUUGACGCAGCGGAGCGCAACAACAUCUAAUUUGCGAGGUUUUCUCGCAGAGCAAAACGCGAAUUCUCAUUUUCCAAAUGGACAUCGACUGACUCAUGUUCUGGAUGGUAUUGCUAUGGACACAUUCGAUCUCGGAACAUUUACAGGAAAAAAAGGGGAAAGAUCUGUUAAGAAUUUGGCUUUCCGACCCGAAAAAAACGGAAGCAUUGAAACUUCCGAACAUACUAAUAAUUUAUCAGAAUACAGUUCACUGAAUAAAUGUGUGCUGAACAAGAGAAAAAUAUCAGAUUCAAUAAUAAAAACUACUCUACCAGAAAACAAUGAUAUGCAAACGACAUGCAAUGUUAUUUCUUCCCCUUAUAUAUGUUCGGCAGAUGAAUUGGAUCGUUCCGUAGCCUUAUCGGAUACGUGUGACAGUAAAGCGGCUGUAAAGAGUAGCGAUCAGCAACGCGAAGCACAACUUUGUUUGAAUUUGUUCAUGAAUGACGGAGUAACGCCGUUACUUAUAACAAACAAUUCUAGUAAUGGCUUAGCUGAAGGAAAAAAAGCAGUAUCACCACCGUCUAGCGACGUAUUGGUGAUUGUUGCCAUUAUCCAGACGGGUAAAAUAUGCCGAGUAAUACAUCGAGGUUUUAUCACUACUUUUGAACAUAUACUACUUCUUGAGAACUCUUCAGUUGUUCUGAAAAGCACGUGUACAUUUUUCGUUCGGAAUUUCUUACCUUGA